AGACCAGCAGGUGCCGUAAUAACUAUUUAUAAUAUCAAUGGCUAACCAGGAAGUGGAAGAAGAACUACAACAACUGCUAAAUCAACACUAAAUAUAUACCGGAUUUUCGUUUUUAAAAAUACGUACAUAGAUGUUAUGAAUAAACCUCUAUUUUACGAUGUCUCAGUCCGGCUCCCCCUACCUGAGCCCUCCUGUAGCCCAAACUCCUUGUGUUGGUGAAAAUACCAAAAAUAGUGAAGAUGGGUUGCUCAACAUUACUGAUGUCAUAGGCAAAGACCAAACAGGUCCUGACAGCAAUGACAGGGACCGAGUGAUGAAGGAGGUAGGACUCACCAGUGCGGCUUUCAUUGGUCCCAGUUUCCCUCCACCACCAGCAACUGCGAAGUCUGACUUUGAAAACGAGCUGAGUGAAUUUUAUAAAGAACUUGAGACGACAGAUGGAGGCACUGGUGCUCGUGUAAACACAGGAACCCAAAAGCAUGUGGCACAGAAAACAACAAAUGUUGAAUGGGAAUUUGCAGAAACAGACGGCUACUGGAAAAACAGUGGACAGAAGUGUCCAUCGUGGCCACACUGGUAUCAGAAUGAGCCAUACCACCUUAAGAAGCUCAGGCCAAAUCAGACACCAAUGUCUCACCAACCUCAAAUUCCUUAUCAACAAGUGUUGAAAGCUCCAGCAGGUCUAGGACCACAUGGACCACCAUUCCACUAUCCACCUCCUCCAUAUGCAUUCCAUAUAAAUCCACAAACUCAGGCAUCACCACAUGUCAAUCCUACAUGGAGCGCUCCAAACAUGUCCAGCCACUAUCUACAGAAUGCCCAUACUCAGAGAUUUCACUCUCCACAUGAACACAAUCUCCACCGAGGGCACCCUUAUGAAAAUUACCCACAAAACCUCAACAGGGGUGUUCGAGGGUAUGAAUACAGAAACUACACAGAUGAUGGAAAUGUAGAUUGGCGCAGAAAUAAAGAAGGAGAAUUUCCACAGUUUGAUAAAGAUCAUGUCUGGCGUCAGGAACGUGUCUCACAGAAUGAACAGAAUGAACGUCACUGCCAACCACGUGAAAACACUCAUCCACAGUCUUCUACUCUGAUACUCAUCCUAAUGAGAGGAUUACCAGGAUCUGGGAAAACAACACUAGCCAGGGAGCUGGUCUCCACUGGACCCAAUGGGCUCAUACUGAGUACAGAUGACUACUUUGCUCAGGGCAAAGACUACCACUAUGAUCCAGGGCUUCUUGGAGCAGCACAUGAUUGGAACCACAGGAGAGCUAAAGAUGCUAUGGAUGAUCGACGGUCUCCAAUUAUUAUAGAUAAUACCAACAUAGAAGCCUGGGAGAUGAAGCCAUAUGUCAAAAUAGCUUUAGAGAAAGGAUACAGAGUGGACUUUUGUGAACCUGACACCAGAUGGAAAUUUGAUCCUUGUGAGCUCGGAAAAAGAAACAAGCACGGCGUUCACCAAGAAAAGAUCGCAAAGAUGAGGAAACGGUUCGCAUUCCCUGUAUCCAUAGACAUCGUAAUGAGUUCAGUGGACCCGCCACACGUGACCCAGAGACAUCGAUCAAAUCAGCGCUGACAGCUAUUCAGUAAAGGACAUUAGUUAGGUCAUUCACUCUUUUUUGAUUGCUGCUUUUGCCAUACUGUACAUUGAGGGUAAACAUUUUUAAAAGAAAAUUUAUAGUAGAUUAUUAUUAAGAGUUUUUCAAUGAAAUGAAAUCAGAUAUUUUUGUAAUAGAUUUAAAUGCUAGUAUUUUACACUUUUAUAUUUUGUGAGUUUUGAAAACUCCUGAUGCUGCCUGACCUUUUUAUGACUACUCACCACUCGCUUAUAGCAUUAACUUUAGCCAUGGCUCAUACUCAGGGAUUUCUAUGAGCUCAAGAAAGAAUAUAUCUAAGACAACACACAGGAUGACACACAGCUGCUGCUGACAGUGCUGUCAUCAAGAAAGAUGAAGGAGGCCAUCUCAAAAAUAGACAGGUCACAUAAAGCCUGAGUGCAUCUGGAGUGGCCACGCAAAUCACAAGCACCACCUACACAGACACAAGAGAAGGGAAACGCCACAGACAACACAGCAGCAAUUUAUACAACACACCAUCCCAUAAGAUGGAGAAAAUGUUUAAUCAGUCAAACAAAAAUACAACAGAAAUGACAAUGAUCUGGAAAAAGCAUCAGCAAUAAUACCACUCAGUCCUAGAUGUCAGUAUUAACCCCCUGAAGUUCUUGCUCUGCAUCUGGUAAAGAAACACAUAGUAUAUAGACGUCAAUUAUGUUUUUCCACGGAGCAGACAGGGGAGAGAUCUGGCGAACCUUGUCUAUAAAUAACAGGUCUGUAAACAGCUGAACUAACGAACAGGCCCACUAGGUGGCAGCAGUGUUACUUUUAAUAGGAGAUGAACAUAAACUGCAUAUAUUUGUGCAUAGAUUAUUCUGUUAUUAAAAGCCCUUUCUCCGUGAUUUUGCUGUUCUAUAGAGGGAAACCACUUUCAGAUGUUUAAGUUGUCACUAAAGUGGAAAUGUUUCUUCUGUCAAAAAAACUUGUUUUCUCCAUUUUUGGUCACAAAGAGGUGAUUUUGGUGAAACCAACCUAUGUUGUACUGCUGAUUACUAUAAUUACUAUAGUAAUAUAGAUUAAUUUUCUGGGGAAUGACGGGAGUCUACUCUUUCCUG